UGCCCUCGGGUGUGCGUGCGCAUUUACAUGAAUGAGACUCUUUUUUCUUCUGGGGAACUAAAAAUGCCUGCCCGAACUGGUGAGUUUUUAGAUGCUGUGCUCAUUAUCGAAAAACCAUCCUGCGGGGAGUUUGAAGUGAUGUUGAACAGAUCUGUGCACGGGGACAGAGCUGUUCCUCGGCGUGACCAACUCUUUAAAGGCAUUCAUUAGAGUCCGGCUCCCUUUCUACGCGAUUUGCCACACAGCUUACCCAGCUUAUACUCUCACCCAUAGACAGCCACAGAUGAGGCGCAUGAGAAAAUAAAAAAAAUAUUGCACUCAAAACAUCUACCACUGAGUGCCUGUGCAUUGAGGAGGGGGUAGUCAGCUGCCACUUGAAAGAGCAGAAAAAGACUAGAUACAGUAUAAGCUUAUGGCACGCACACUAAUGUCAAGGCAUCCAGUGCGUCAUAUAGUAGGAGUGAGUGGUGACAGCUGUUAUGGCUGGGCUGGAUUAUAUAUUAUAAAUCAAAAGUGUGCCUAUCAAGGCUUUAAAGGUGGUGGUGACUAUAUAUUUGUCUUGUCUAAUGAGAAUUUAGACUCUUUGUGUUUCCAUGCUGUCUGGGGAGAACAGACCCGAAGCGAGAAACUCGUAAACCUCCCUGUGGUUUUAUAGCAGUGAAAAACGGCAGGGUAAGCUUGAGUGAAUGUUUUCUUCUUGAGUUUAUUUUCUCCCCUGUCCAUUGUAGGGGCAUGAUCGUUACUCUGAAAAGGGGGAAGAGUGAACCCCACAGGGCGGGGUUUUUUUUUUAAUCCCCCACUUUCUCUUUUUCCUCCCCUCUUGCGCCUCCUCUUCUCAUCUCCUCUGGAGUUUGAGUGGCCACCAGCCAGCUCUUGAUUUAAGAAGCGUUUGUCUUUCCCGGGAUGUGAAAAGGGGGCCGUGGCUGAUGUACAACUAGUUGGUUUGAGGCGGGUUAUUUUGGGCAAGUCUGUGUGCAGAGGCGCCUCAAACGGAGAGAGAGAGCGAAAGAGAGCGCACGGCGCACAGACCAGACGCAGGGAGGAGAAGGAGAAAGGCGCACAGAUUUCAGUGGCAUUCAGCUGGUUCUCCCGCACACUGGAUGCGCGCAACAGCUCUGUAUGACAAGGGAGAACAGAUAGAAACCAAUUUGGAUGCUUUUAAGGAAAUUAGUGCAACUUGAGCGAGCUUGCAUUUAACAAUCGAAUGUGUUUUUUUCCUCCUCGCUCCGUGGAGAAAGCAAUGAGGCUGCUGACUGAGGGAGCACAGCAUUUAGUUAGUUAAAACUGGAAUUGACUUGUGCUGCAUUUUGGAGCUAUUUUUGCACCUGUGUUUGGCUUCCACAAAAACGCAAGCAAAAAUGGAAGGACUUUUCCUGACAAGAAUGUGGAAAGUUCUGGCUGUUUUGGCUCUGGCAACACAACACGUUACCGGUAAGACGUUGAAAUAUCAGAUUUAUGAGGAGCAGAAGGUUGGCACGGUUAUUGCCCGUUUGAAAGACGAUGUGGCUGAUGUUCUGGCUAAACUUCCGAGCUCAGUGUCGCUCCGCUUCAGAGCGAUGCAAAGAGGGAGCUCGUCUUUCCUCACGGUGCGCGAGCAGGACGGAGAAAUCAGCAUCAGGACCAAAAUUGACCGCGAGAAACUCUGCGAAAAGAAUCUCAACUGUUCUAUUCAAUUCGACGUGCUGACACUCCCCACUGAGCACCUGCAAUUGUUUCACGUCGAGGUGGAAGUGCUGGACAUCAACGACAACGCACCCCAGUUCGCCCGCGCCGUCAUCCCCAUUGAGAUCUCCGAGAGCGCGGCCGUGGGGGCGCGCAUUCCCCUGGACAGUGCCACAGACCCCGACGUCGGGGAGAACUCACUGUACACGUAUGCCUUACAGCCCAACAACUUCUUCAAGAUUGACAUCCAGUCCAGGACUGACGGGGCUAAAUAUGCAGAGCUGGUGGUGCUCAGGGAGCUGGACCGGGAGGUACGCUCCGGUUAUGAACUUCAAUAUACGGCCUCUGAUAGGGGCGUUCCCCCGAGAACGGGUUCGACCCUCCUCAAGAUCAGUGUGGCUGACUCAAACGACAACAGCCCAAUUUUUGACAAGUCGUCAUAUGUCAUAAAUCUCCCAGAAAAUUCACCUGUUGGCACCCUGCUCAUUGACUUAAACGCCACUGACGCGGAUGACGGCACCAACGCCAAAAUAGUCUACUCAUUCAGCAGUCACGUGUCCCCUAAAAUAAUGGAGACUUUCAAAAUUAACCCCGACAGCGGUCACCUGACCCUCAUCAGGCGCGUGGACUAUGAGGCCAUCAACUCUUAUGACAUUGAUGUCCAAGCGCAGGACAUGGGUCCCAACUCCAUGCCAGCCCACUGCAAGAUUCUGGUUAAAGUGGUCGAUGUGAACGACAAUAAACCAGACAUUAGCAUCAAUCUCAUGUCCUCACAGGGGAAUGGGGACGCAGCUUACAUAUCUGAGGCUUCUCCUUUGGACACCUUUGUAGCUUUGGUGAGGGUGGAGGACAUGGACUCUGGGUUGAAUGGAGAGGUAGAGUGUAAACUUCAUGGGCAAGGAUAUUUCAAACUGCAGAAGACCUACGAGAACAACUACAUGAUUCUGACCAACGUGUCUUUGGACCGAGAGAAGAGGUCAGAGUUCAGUCUGACAGUGGUGGCAGAGGACCGGGGGACCCCCAGUCUUUCUACCGUCAAACAUUUCACUGUGCAUAUAACUGAUGAGAAUGACAAUCCGCCACGUUUUGAGAAGGGCCGAUAUGAGAUCUUUAAAUCAGAGAACAACGCCCCUGGAGCUUAUUUGACCUCCAUCAUGGCCACUGACCCUGAUCUAGACACCAAUGGACAGGUGAGCUACUCCAUCAUGGAGAACUCUGUUCACGGGAGCUCCAUCUCCACCUACGUCACCAUUGAUCCCUCUAAUGGCGCCAUCUACGCACUGCGUACGUUUGAUCGUGAGGACGUUAGUCGUAUCUCCUUUGUUGUGCAAGCCAAAGAUGCAGGGAAACCACCACUUCUCAGCAACGCCACAGUUGUUCUGAACAUCCUUGAUGAGAAUGACAAUCCUCCGGUCAUUGUGGUCCCACAGCUGUGGAACUUCACUGCUGAUGUGCCUGCAUCAAAGUUCACAGAGGCUGGACACUUAGUAACCGUGGUCAGGGCGACUGAUCGUGACACAGGGGUCAAUGCUGAGCUCAUUUGCUCCAUCGUCAGUGGCAACGAGGAGGGCUUCUUUAUUAUUGACCCAAGAACCUGUGAAAUCCACGCCAAUGCCAGCUUGGAGAACUUCCCCCACGAGCACGUCGAGCUCACAGUCGUGGUCCGGGAUCAGGGGAGGGAGAGCCUCAGUGCUAAGGCGGUGCUGAAAAUCACCCUGUAUGAGAACAUGGAGAACCACGUCCAGGUGAUGGACCAGGGGGAGUCUCCCCUCGAUGCAUCCCUGAUUAUCAUCAUCUCCCUGGGGGCCAUCUGCGCCGUGCUCCUGGUCAUCAUGGUGGUGUUCGCUGCUCGCUGUAACCGGGAGAAGAAGGACACAAGGAACUCCUACAACUGCCGGGUAGCCGAAUCGACCCACCAGCACCACCCCAAAAAGCCCUCACGCCAGAUCCACAAAGGUGAUAUCACCUUGGUCCCCACGGUGAACGGCACCCUGCCAAUCAGAGCUCACCACCGCUCACCUUCGGCCACGCCCCCCAUGGACCGAGCCCAGAUGGGGAGCCGGCAGAAUCACCACAGCCGCCAAUCACUAAACAGCCUAGUGACCAUCUCGUCCAAUCACAUUCCAGAGAGCUUCGCCCUGGAACUGGCGCACGCAACUCCACCAGUGGAGCAAGUCUCACAGCUUCUGUCCAUGCUCCAUCAGGGCCAGUACCAGCCCAGACCCAGUUUCCGUGGCAACAAAUACUCCCGCAGCUACAGGUAUGCAUUACAAGACAUGGACAAGUUCAGCCUGAAGGACAGUGGCCGUGGGGACAGCGAGGCGGGGGACAGUGACUGUGACAUGGGGCGGGAAUCCCCCGUGGACAGGCUGCUGCUGGGGGGGGAGGGCUUUUCUGACCUCAUACACCUCGAAAUGCACCAUCGACUCCAUCCAGCUAUGAGACUGUGCACGGAUGAAUGUCGCGUCCUGGGUCACUCUGACCAGUGCUGGAUGCCCCCUCUCUCCUCGCCCGCUUCCUCGGCUGACUACCGCAACAACAUGUACAUCCCCGGGGAGGAGUCCUCCCAGCCGCCCCAAAUCGACGAUGACCAGUCCUCCGUUGACUCGGAGCGCCGCAAGAGCUUCUCCACUUUUGGCAAGGAGUCUGGGAACGAGGAGGCAGGUGCCGGGGGAGUUGUCGCCGGAGGAGGAAGUGAUGCCUGCGCAGCUGGAGGAGGGGCUGGCUCCCUCCUCACAGAAAUGAACUCUGUGUUCCAGCGGCUCCUCCCCCCUAAUAUGGACUCGUACACAGAGUGCACUGAAACAAGCCCGCCCUCGUCUUCAUCGACCGCCGAGAGAGGAAGCGGGCGUGGUGGCAACAUUGCUGGUAACCAUAGUAACAAUGCUGUUCCUCAGGACAACCGGAGAGGCUUGUUGCCAGGUGGGAAAGGUCCCGCUUACCCCCCAGGCGUGGCUGCUUGGGCGGCAAAUACCCACUAUCUAAAUCCUGGAAGUGGUUCCGUUGCAACCAACCACGUUUCCUCCUCUUCUUCCUCACCCUCCACCUCUACUUCGACCUCCACCAAUGGACAGCCACCACACCUCAAAUGGCUGCCGGCCAUGGAGGAAAUCCCAGAGAAUUAUGAGGAAGACGACUUUGACUUCCAUCAGGGUCACCCGGGUGGCAAGCGCAGCGAGAGCCGCCACGAGGCCAGCAUGGACGCUAGUGAGCUGGUCCACGAGAUCAACAAACUGCUGCAGGACGUCAGACAGAACUAGGGAGAAAAAGAGAGAGAAGGCAUAGCAUGGUUUCACAUUUCACCACAUUCUGGCAAAUGCUUGUUCUUUGUGCCAACAUAUAUCAACUUUAUGAUGACUGUUUCUUGUUCACUGUAAUGCUUGUCCUGUUUAUUUUACCAAAUGUCCUCUUCUCCGCUCCAGUGCUGAGAGACUCAUAGAGAAAAGUAAAACACAGCACUGAAGUUGUGAUUGAGGUGACUUAAAGGCAUCAAAGCAAGCGCUUGAAGAACAGAUUGCUCAGUUGUUAUUACAGUCUCUACGAAAGUUACUUGAAUGAGUGAUUCAAAAAGAAAUCCGCCAACAGAGACUAUACCCUUUCUUCAUUUGUAAUGUUUACAGCAGCGUGAACAGACUCCACGGGGAGAAACCAACAAUCGUGUGAUCUAAUUUCUGCUUUUACAGUGUACAAUAUUGUACAGUGUCUGUGGAAAAAGGAAAACUCACUUGAAUAUUGUGCUAUGUCUUCUGUUUUGUUAUUAUGGAAUGUAACUGUACAAUUUGACCUUUGUAUUUUAAAAAUACACUCUUUUUUACUUCUAUAUAUUUAUAUGUGUCCAUGUAUGUUUGUACAGAAAAAGAUGAACAAAUGUCUAUUUUUUAUAUUUGUCACUGCAUGUCUUAAUAUCACUUAAUGUGUCUCUUUUCCUCUGCCCUGUUUAUUUUAUAAAACAAUUGUAUUUAAUUUUGUUAUUGAAUGUGUGUGUGCGUAUUAAAAAUAGUCACAUUCCAAUGCAGUUCCAUGUUGGAAGUUGGUUUUGUAUGGUAACAUUGUGACCAUUGGAUGAUAAAUAAAGUGGAGGGAUUCAUAA